AUGACAAAACUAAGGCUUGUUUCUCAAGAACAUUCGCAGUUGCCGCCUAAGAGCUUUCGCCUUUCGCCGGGCUUGAGAGCUAAUGCUGCUUUAUCCUUCCUUGGAUUGGGUGUUUAUUUUAGAAUUUCAUUCAUCUUCUACACUGUUGCAGCAAUGAUGACAAUUCUAAGGCUUGUUUCUCAAGAACAUUCGCAGUGGCCGCCUAAGAGCUUUCGCCUGUCGCCGGGCUUGAGAGCUAGUGCUGCUCUAUCCUUCCUUGGAUGUCUGACGCUGAUCUUUUUUGUUCAUGAUAAUUGGAGACCAGACUGUUCAAUAUUUCACAAGUGGGUAUUGGAGAUGCAUCAUGUUGAGAAGCAGGGGUUUAGCUCUGUUAAAAAGAAAGAAAGAGAGAGGCAAGGGUCGGGUAUAAAGGCGAGGCCAUUUUGGAUUGAAAAUUCUAAAAUGGAUAUUUCUCUUGCUGUUGGAAAAUACUGGAGAAGAAGCACAGCAGUGGCUCCUCUCGCUCUUCUCCAACCCCGAAGGACCUUCCGAUCAGACUCCGCCUUAGAAGCUCUCUCCAAAGCCUCCGACGAAAACCUCCCCAACUUGGUCCUCUACAACUACCCCUCUUUCUCCGGCGCCUUCUCCGCUCUAUUCGCUCACCUCUUCCACUCCUGCCUCCACCUCCCCUGCCUCUCCCUCCCUUUCUCCUCCCUCCACCCCUUCAGCGUCGAUGAUUUGUGCAUCCAGGGAUUGCAGCGCUGCUAUCUCCUUGAUUUUCUCGGCCCGAGAGGACUCGCCGCCGAGCUUUCCAGACGAGCUCAAUGCGAGGUGAUUGCUUUCGAUCACCGGAAAUCUGUAGUGAAAGUGUUGCCGUCCGGGGAGGAUUUCCCGGAGAAUGUCGUGUUUCGAGUUGAUACUGGGAAGAGUAGCUCUAGUGCCGUGUAUGAUUACUUCUCUGCUAAUCUUGCCGAAAUUGGAUGCGAUAAUGGAAUGGGUGGAGGUUUGUUGGAAGUGGAGGAGAGAGAGCGUGUGGAGAUGGUGCUUAAGUACAUUGAGGAUGGGGAUCUCCGCCGGUGGAGCUUGCCGGAGAUUAGGGAGUUUAAUAUUGGAGUUGGGGAAUGGCGCUCGAAGUUGAAUUGUUUAACUAAUCCUUACAUGUAUGAGCAGUUACUGGAGAUGAGUGCUACGGAUGUUAUUGCUAAGGGGAAGUCCUAUGUUUCUUCUCGACAAAAGGUGGCAAAUAAGUUACUGGAUAAAGCUCUGAAAAUAAGGUUGGGCAGAGGAUUUUAUGGGGAGUGUCUGGGAGUGAGAGCUGAUGGGAAUGCCGAGUUGAGCGAUGAAAUUGGCAAGCAGCUUAGUGUGAAAAGUGUUGCUGCUGGUCUAAGGCCUAUUGGAGCUGUUAUUUUCAUGCACCGUAGAAACCUCAAAAUGUGCUUAAGGAGUAUGGAUACUGCUACCGAUACCUCUGAAGUCGCAAAGGCAUAUGGAGGAGGAGGCACCCCAAGUUCUAGUUCCUUUAUUAUAAGGAUGGAUGAGUACAACCAGUGGAUUUUAGGAAAUUCAACAUGAGCAUGUCAAGAAUUGAAAUUCAAUGCUAUUGCGACGCAUAUGAAAAUGGUCGUAUUGUACUUCCAAGAAAGAACCUCUGAUUGCACUUUCAAAGGGUUCAAAAUAUCUCACCGCACCUGAGAUCACUGAUACAUCAGAGAAGACUUAAUCGACCGUGGAUUAUCUCAUGAAGAUCACCCAAUAUUGGAUGGAGUUCAGCAAGCAAUGUGCUUUCCACAAGGUUGAUGGUUCAAGCAAGGAUUGGUGUAUCAACUGAGCAUACAUUGCGGGCAGCAGCCGAGAAAUUGCAUAUAUCAAAAUACCAUCGGAAAUUCAAAAUAAUUGGACUGUCAGAGGAGUAUAUCCUCUGAAAUAUUUCACCAAAUGAUCAUAUUGCAUAAUAAUUAGUUAAACAUACAGAAAUAAACAUGCGGGGCCUAGUGCAUUGCCCCAUCUUGGUUUAACAUGAUAUGUGUGAUCUCAUUCGAUGUCUCA